AUGCUCCCUCCUGAAUUGAUCAAUGACAUAUUUUGUAGACUACCGGUCAAGGCUCUUGUGCGCUUCAAAAGCAUAGCAAAACCAAUCGCUUCUCUAAUUGAAGACCCGCAAUUCAUCGCUGCACAUCUCAAGCAAUCUGAAGAAACAGGUAACAAUCACACGCUGAUUCUUAUAGAUAGAACUCACACCACAAGCAGCAAUGACAUCAUUAUACUUCAAGUCAAAGAAACAACAUCAAUCUACUCUGCUUUUGAAAAGAUCACUUGCCCAUUAAGUGGUAUUGUGAGAGUCAUUGGUUGUCUCAAUGGUCUGCUAUCUUUACUAAAUCGGGAGAAUCAAAUUAUUGUGUGGAACAUCGCUACCAGAGAGCAUCAAGUGAUACCCAAUCAGCCUCCGCCUCUGCCUCUGUAUUUGAAUGAAUUUCGAUACAGUUCUGCAUUUACUCAUGAAUAUUAUGCACUCAAUGACGAUUUAUUCACUCAUGAAUUUUAUGCACUCAAUAAUGACGAUUUAUUCACUCAUGAAUUUUAUGCUCUCAAUAAUGAUGAUUUUCAAAACGGGGGACUUCCCGAUUCUUUCGAAGAAGCAUUAUUGGGAGAUCACUUCCUCUAUGAGGAUUACAAAACAUAUGACUCCACCGUAUAUGGAUUCGGAUACAACUCCAUCGACGAUGAUUACAAGUUAGUGAAGAUCACAAAGCUAGUAACCGGAGAGAAUCUUGCAAGACAUGACACAGAGAUUUAUAGCUUGAAAAAUGGUAUGUGGAAAAUGAGUACUCCCCUGGAAGGCGACGGACUGAGUUUAAUUAGUCUGAAGGGAACUUAUUUUGCUGGUAACCUCCAUUGGUUGGGUUUGGGUCCUUUGGGAUCACUACCGUACAAGAUUGUAGCUUUUGCAGUGGAGACUGAGGAGUUUUAUGUUUUGCCUCUGCCUGAUGAGCUAUCAGUAUAUAACUGCGCACCAAAGCUAGUCAUCUUGGGAGGAUCUCUUUUCGCGGUUGGCUAUUCUAGAGAUCUCUCCAGUAUGAAUUUGUGGGUUUUGGAAAAUUACGACAUGGACAAAAACUCGUGGACUAAACUGUUUUCGGCUACAGUAGCAGAAGGAUUUGGACAUCUAAGCUGUCCAAUCUUCUAUUCCAAGGGAGGUGAUCAUCAAGUGCUGAUGAAAGAUACAGAUGGUACCGUGUUAUGGUAUGAUCUAGAGGGGAAGAGAGUCAAUGAGAUUCAUAUUCCUGUACAUUUACAGAAAGGCAACGGAGCAGAAAUCUGUGUAGAAAGUCUUGUUCGACCAAAACUUCAUAGGCCCAAUAUUGUGCAUGGAUCAAUGCUUCGCCUACUGGGCUUUGGGUUGGGGUUCUCAAAAAACAGGCCCAGAGAUUAUUAA